AUGCCCUUGCCAUUACUACCAACUGAAAUAAUUGAAAAUAUUCUCUUCUACAUCGAUGAUGGUGACACUUUUGAUUAUCUACAAUCUGUUCCUGAAUUGACAUCGUUGAUCUUGAACUAUCGACGGCCAACAGUGAAUAUUGACAAAACUACUACAUGGCAGCACAAUGCAAUUUAUCCAAUGGAGGACCUUUUUUAUGAACGUUCUCGAUACAACUACAUGCCUCGUCUAGUCGUAUCUGAUAUUACGUCAGUCUGUCAAAUGCUUGACCUGGGUGUGGACUUGCACGGUCUUAAAUUUAAAAUCGAUGUCGAUGCAAGCAACACCAAUGUACAAGUACAGAGGGUUCUUGAUAAUGCCGAGAUGUUUGAGUUGAGCAUUGAUAGGACAUUGGAAGUGGGGCCCAAUUUAAAGCAUUUGAGUGUUUGCAACUGGACAACUGAAUACCCAUCGCAACUUGAAUCAUUGAAAAUUAGCAAUUUCCUUCCUCAAGUCAUGUACCCUAUUCCGCUGACAAUAGUGAAGUUAGAACUAUUUGAUCCCCAGUUAGACAAGUACCAGUUACCAAUCUCUAUUCGCGAGUUGCAAAUUGGGGAGAAGCAUAAAUUGCAGACACACAUGGAUUUUACGUAUUUGAUCAACCUCAACCUGUUUGAAUUCAGAGGUAAUGUGGAAAAGGGAUAUGCCAAGACUUUACUGGAUAUCCAAUUACCAAAAGCAAUUGAGAGCUUGUCGCUAGAGUGCACAAGAAUGGUAUCCUUGGAUGGAAUUGAAGCAUUUACCAAUCUUCGGAAAUUGAGAGUCAUUGAUUGUCCUGAUUUGAUACUAUUCUUUACUCCAGAGUUUCCUUCUUCGUUGACAUCGCUCGAGUUUAGUUUUGUAAAUUGUCGUCAAAGACUAUUUGAAAGGAAUCGUAUUAUUUUCCAAAUCCCGGGGAGAAACCCAAUGACUUCGGUCAAAUUCAUGUACGGUAACGGUGGAAUCAUACUUGUUGUUGAGGACGAGUUUCAACCGCCACCACUGCUAAAAACUUUGAUAUUAAAGAAUCAUCAACAAGUGUAUUUUGGCUCCCGACUAAAUCUACCAAACUUGCAAACGUUGAUGGUGGAGAAGAUGUUUAAAUUAAAUUGUGGCAAACUUUUUGCCGGGUUGUCAACAAGCACUAAUUUGAAUAGAUUGAUGUUGAAGGAUUCAUCGAUUGAUUGUAUUGAUGAUGUAAAAUUUCCUGCCAACUUGUGUCACCUCGAUUUGUCGGCCAAUCUUUUAAGCUCGAUUCGAAAUACUAAUCUAAAACAAGCAAACCACCUACACAGUUUGAACUUGUUUAAUAAUCGAUUCACGAGCACCAAUGAUAUUGAAAUUCCGGCAAAUUUGCAAAAACUCAACCUUUACCGUAAUGAAUUCCAUAUGUGCAAUUAUUCAAGAACAAAUUUAACCAAGCUUGACAUGUUGCUUCCAAUGGAGGUCAGAUUUCACUGGAAUAUGCUACCAAACACGCUAAUGUACCUUUCAAUAGAUUGUGAAGGUCAACGUAUUAAACAGGCCCCUUCAACGUUUACAAGUUUGCGAAAGUUGACGCUUUACUCGUUGAUGGGUUAUCCUAUCCGAUUGGAAAACAUGAACUUUACCGGGCUCUCCAAUUUGUACCAUUUAGAAUUGAGGGAUAUUCAUUCGUGCUCAUUCACAGAUUUCCAACUACCGCCGUCGGUAAUACAUGUAAACAUUAUGAGUGCUAGAGACGUGCAUUGUCCAUGGUCGAGUUUGAAACCAUGCCGGAAGCUAAAAUCACUCAAGUUUGAGAACGUUGGCUUUGACGAAAUAGAUUUUGAUGUAUUACCUCGCAGUUUAGAAGAAUUAAAGCUAGUUAACGCACCUCACGUGUCUACUUGCGGAACUAUUUGUAAUCUCCACAAUUUGAGAGUUUUAGAUAUGAGCAGCUCGUCAGUCACUAGACUUGCUUCGUUUUGCAUCGAUUUGCCCGAAUCAUUAGUUGUUUUAAAAAUUAAUUUCUGUCAAUUUAUUGCCACUAGUGCUGAUUUCAUAAAUUGUCCCAACUUACGCGUGCUUGUGAUAUUCAGGUAUAACUUAUGGCAUACUGAGGACCGAGUGCAUUUGCAGACUUUUAUUUCUGAGAUGCUAGCAAAGUGUCCCAAAUUGCAUCGGGUAUUUUUGAGUGACACUGAAGCAAAGAACCCUUUAUUUGCCAAAUUUGGGAGUAUUGUUAACCCUUAA